AUGUUUGUUCCUGCGCCACGGCAGUUUAGCCUCUCGGAGGAGACCAAGGCGAGCAUCAAGGCAGAAGUGGCGGCGGAAGCCUCCACCGGCUUGCGGGGCGUGCAGGAAUCUCUGUUGCGUGCCGCCAGGAAGGCUCGAGAGCAGAUCUCCAAGGAAUGGAAGGACUUCAAUCCAGGCCCUCCAGUGCUGGCGAAGAAGCGCUGCUUUGAUGUGCACACCGAUGGCUGGGUGGAGGAACAGGUGAUGGUCCAGCUAGACUCUGAAGCCUUUGGCAAAGGAGCCGUGCGGGAGUGCUUCCGCAUGAAGGAGGUACGCUUGGAGACGAGGCAGUUCGCCCACAUGGAAGGCACGGAGCCCAAAGACGACUCCAACCAGGCGGCUUCGCCGCAUCUCAGCUUCGAAGCCAUUGUUUGCGGCCUGAUGGAGCUCCCUCGCAGCAGCCGACGCACCAUUUGGGUGGCGAAGCGUUCCAUCGCAGACCACCAUCGAAAGAUCAUGCACAGGCGAGAGUGUGAGACCGAUGUAAUUCACCAGACCUUCGCAAAACAUUAUGCGGAGCUCUUCAAUCAGGAGGUGCACCGGCAUGCUGUAGAAACUGGCUUGGGCCGCUGUGGGGCACAUGACAUCGACUUUUUGUUGACUCAUGUGGUUGAAAUGCCAGACAGGGUGACCAUGUCUGCGGAAGCAUUCGUGCUGGGUGAGUACCGGAAGCACAACACAAAUGGUGGCUGCACCAUAGGUCCGCGCACCACCCCACAGGCCUUCAGUUACUUUACCUUCAUCAAGUCUGGUCGCCGGCUGUGUGAAACUUAG